AUGGCGGCCGUCUUGGAGAAUCAGUCUUUCAAAGUCGCAUUGGUACAAACAAGCCCAAAGGUUCUGGAUGCCGAGCACAACUUUGCUCAUGCUUCCAAACAAAUUCGCCUGGCUGCAACUCAAGGAGCAUCACUGGCGGUUCUCCCAGAAUAUCAUAUGACAGGAUGGGUACCGGAUGAACCCUCAUUCGCGCUAAGCUAUGAGGAAGCUCAGAAUUUCCAACGGCGAUACCAGCAACUCGCAGCCGAAGUGCACAUCAACAUCUGCGCCGGCACAAUCGUCUACCGAGCACCAGACGAAGAUCCCAACUCCAAGCCAACUCUUCUUAAUACCUCUUACUUCAUCGACCAUGAUGGACAACUCUUAGGCGCUUAUACCAAGACCAACCUCUGGAUCCCCGAACGCGAUCAUCUGACUUCAAGCAUCGACUACGCACACAAGAUGCAAGUCGACGAGGGUACGCCAAAGCCUCAUAAAGUCUUCGAUACUCCCUUGGGUCCCGUCGGCAUUCUAGUAUGCUGGGAUUUGGCCUUCCCGGAAGCAUUCCGACAGCUUGUCUUGGCCGGUGCAAAGAUCAUCGUCAUGCCCUCGUACUGGACUCUAUCGGACAUGAGCAAGGAAGGUUUGGAGUAUAACGCGUCUUGCGAGAAGAUGUUUGUGGAGUCCACGCUUACCACGAGGGCUUUUGAGAAUACUGCUGCCAUCAUCUACUGCAAUGCGGGAGGACCUUCGGAGCAGGGCUAUUUUGGUUGCAGCCAAGUUGCAUUGCCCAUCGUCGGCAAGGUUCCUGGGAGCUUCACGGAUGGCGAGGACGGGAUGCGGGUGGUGGAUGUGGAUAUGCGAGUUGUUGAGAUUGCUGAGCGGAACUAUCAGAUUCGACAGGAUUUGGGGCGCAUCGAUUGGCAUUAUGGCUAUGCGAAAGGGGCCAAGUUGUAA